CAUGCCUGCCCAGGUCGUUCAGAGUUGGAAACAGGAAGUUCGCUUGCUGAUUAGAGUGGGACGUGAGAGGCCGCGCUGCUGCUUCUCACACCUUCACCGAAUAUCUUGCUCGGCAAGUGCAACCCAGGCAGUUUGUGAGCGCACACCCGGAGCUUGCCACCUGCUGCUUCUGUGCCCCUGCAUCUGCCGCCUGUGUGUCCCACGUGCCGUGGACUUUUCCUGUCCCACGCGCUCCACUUUGCUCCCUGUGUGGCCUGAAAAAGGGGACGUGCUCCCUGGACUUUCCACGGCAACUCCUCUUUCUUGUUAGCAAGGAUGUCAACUGUUAUUUCCUGCCACUGAUCCUUUUGCAAAGUGAGAAGUGAACUGCAAUCAAGACGUCUACUGUAGGAGUGAUCUCCUUCAGUAACCUGACAUCUGGACGCUGACAGUAGACAUUGAAGGACAUCCCCUUCGCCAAGUGGAGUAUGCCAAGUUUGGAUCCAUCCUAUGGACAGGUUGACAAUCACCUGCCAGCAGACAGGCUACUCAAGAUGUUACAAACCUUAGAAAUAGACUAUCCAAACACAUGCUUUCCCUGCUAAUCAACCUCUACCCAUGGGACCAUGUGCGUUCACGGAUGCCAACAAGUUACUGUUUGGAAUAGUGAUCAAAUCCUCAACAAAAAAAGUUUGAUGGAAAUCCUUCGAUUUGCCUUCUCUUCCAGAUAUGAUUCUAGGAACCUCCACAUAUUUUCAAGAGCAAAGAAAAUUAAUACAUCACCUACGAUGAUAGCAUUUGAAGACCUGGCUGUGUAUUUUUCCUGGGAGGAAUGGAAGAACAUGAACAAAGCUCAGAAAAUCCUGUACAGGGAUGUGAUGCUAGAGACCUACAGCAGCCUGCUUUCCUUAGGGCACUACAUUACCAAACCUGAUUUGAUCUUCAAGUUGGAGCAAGGAGCAGAGCCAUGGAUGGUGGAAGAAUGCCUAUAUCAGAGCCUUCCAGUCGCCAUGAAAAAUGAUGACAUAAUUAGGACCAACCAAGAAAUUCAAGAAAAUUUGAAUCAGAAUGGUACAACAGAUAACAAGACAGCAACUCCCAAGAGAGUUGAAUUAAGAAAGAGACUUAAUUUAAGUUCAAGUCAUAUUUCAAAACUGAUUAUCAGAAAGGGAAAUUAUUCAGCAUUGAAACCUGAGGAAUGCAAUGUGUGUCACAAUGUAUAUCCCCACAGUGGGCCUGAUGAGCUGCAAGCUGGAGAGAAACUUGAUUCUUCUAAGGUAUCUGGGAACUCCCUCCAGUGCUGUGAGCCUCUCAAUGAGUGUCACAAGAUUCAGACUGUGAAGCAGUCAUUUAAACAUAGUGGAGAAGGGAAAGACUUAAAGAGAAAGAAGAUAUUCUUUAGGUUUGAGACAUGCCAUAUGGGAGAGACCUGUAAUAAGUCAACUGGAACUGUUGGAAAGAUAGCUCAAAUGGAAAAAAAUUUUCAUGAAAAUACUAACCUCAGCAAGCAUCAACAAAUCAACACAGGAGAGAAGCUUUAUGAAGAUAUUGGGUAUGUAGAACCUCUCAUUUACAAAUCAGAUCUUGCAAUAAAUCAGAGACCAAAUAUAGGAAAAAAACCCUAUACGUGUAAACCGUGUGGGAAAUCAUUCAGUUGUAAGGCCUGCCAUAGAAUCCAUCACUGUAUUCACAUACUAGAAAACCCCCAUGUGUGUAGUGAUUGUGGAGAAACUACUUACAAGAAGUCAGAUCUCAUUAAACAUCAGAAAAUUAACACAAAGAAGAAACCUCAUGAAGGUAAUGAGCAUGAAAAAGCCACUGUCCAAAAAUCAUACCUUGUAACACAUCAGAGAAUUCACACAGGGGAGAAACCGCAUCAGUGUAAUGACUGUGGAAAAGCCUUUGGCUAUAAGUCAGCCCUCAUCAAACAUCAAAGAAUUCACACAGGGGAAAAACCUUAUGAAUGUAAUGACUGUGGAAAAACCUUUGGCCAAAAGUCACAAAUCAAAACGCAUCAGAGAAUUCACACAGGGGAGAAACCUUAUGAAUGUAAUGACUGUGGAAAAGCCUUUGGCUAUAAGUCAUCCUUCAUGAAACAUCAGAGAAUUCACACAGAGGAAAAAUCCUAUGAGUGUAAUGACUGUGGAAAAGCCUUUGGCCAGAAGUCAAAACUCAAAAUGCAUCAGAGGAUUCACAAGAGGGAGAAACCUCAUGAAUGUAAUGAAUGUGGAAAAGCCUUUGGUAAGAAGUCACAUCUUGUAAUUCAUCAGAGAAUUCACACAGGAGAGAAACCUUAUGAAUGUAAUGGCUGUGGAAAAGCCUUUCUGUGCAAGUCACGGCUCAUCAAACAUCAGAGAAUUCACACAGGGGAGAAACCUCAUCAGUGUAAUGCCUGUGGAAAAGCCUUUGGUUAUAAGUCAGUCCUCAUCACACAUCAAAGAAUUCACACAGGGGAAAAACCUUAUGAAUGUAAUGACUGUGGAAAAUCAUUUAGCCAGAAGUCACAACUCAUAAUGCAUCAGGGAAUACACAUGGGGGAGAAACCUCAUGAAUGUAAUGACUGUGGGAAAGCCUUUGGCUAUAAGUCAUCCCUCAUGAAACAUCAGAGAAUUCACACAGGGGAAAAACCUUAUGAAUGUAAUGACUGUGGAAAAUCCUUUGGCCAGAAAUCACAACUCAAAAUGCAUCAGAGAAUUCACACAGGGGAGAAACCUUAUGAAUGUAAUGACUGUGAAAAAGCCUUUUGCCAGAAGUCAGACCUCAUCAAACAUCAGAGAAUUCACACAGGGGAGAAACCUUAUAAAUGUAAUGACUGUGGAAAAGCUUAUGGCCAUAAAUCAUGCCUCAUCAAACAUCAGAGAAUUCACACGGGGGAGAAACCUUAUGAAUGUAAUGACUGUGGAAAAGCCUUUGGCCAUAAGUCACUAUUUAAAAUGCAUCAGAGAAUUCACAGGGAAGACACUUCAUGAAUUUAAUGAAUGUAGAAAAGCCUUUGGCAAGAGGUCAGAUUUUGUAAUACAUCAGAGAAUUCACAUGGGAAAUAAGCCUUAUGGAUGUAAUGGCUGUGGAAAAGCCUUUCUGUGCAAGUAAUGGCUCAUCAAAUAUGAGAGAAUUUACACAGGGGAGAAACCUCAUCAGUGUAAUGCCUGUGGGAAAGCCCUUUGCUGUAAAUCACAACUCAUAACACACAAGAGCAUCUUUUGUAACGCUGAGUGAGUGGCAACAAGUUCUUUCAGUUUCUUUUUGUUAUGGAAGGUCUUUAUUUCACAUUCAUUCAUAAUUCAUAAAUGAGAGCUUUUCAGGGAAUAGUAUUCUCAGUUGACAGCUUUUUUUUUUUUCAUUUAAGACUUAGUCCCCAUUCUCUGCUAGCCCAUAGAGAUUCUGAUGAGAAGUCACCUGUGAGUCUAGUUAGAAAUCCUCUGAAAGUUAUCUGGCAUUUCUGUCAUGAACAUUUUAGAAUCUUUUCUUUAUGUUUUGCUGUUGAAAAUUUAACUGCAAUAUCUCGUGGAAGAUCUUUCUGAUCAAUGCUAUUAGGAAUUCUAUAUUUGGACAUCCCUUCUAAAAAUUGGGAAAGUUUUUUUUGUAAUUAUUUAGCUAAAUAAGCUUUCUAAACCAUUCUUUCUUUCUACACCUGGAAUUGUGUUUUGGGCCAUUUGAUUAUAUCUCAUAAAUUUCCAACACUUUUUAUUUUACUACUAUCUAAACUUUUAUUUAAGUUAUUUGAGUUUUAUGUAUUAAAUAUAUAUAAAUGCAUAUAUAAAAAUACAUAAAUAUGUGUUAUAUAUAAACCUAUAUAUUUUAUAUUUAAAAUAUACAUAAAAUAUAUAAUAUAUAAAAAUGUUUCCUUUCCUAUUCCCACUCUUAAUUUUUACAGAGCUCUUUUUUGAGUUUACUUUAUACAUAUAAGGUUAAUCCUACAUUAAGUAAAGAAUUCAAAAAAUAAUAUGAAGGAAAAAAGAAAAAAAAAAACACUUUCUAAACAGAAGAGACCAGGGCUUAAGCAAUCAUCAAAUCUCAAAAUGUUCAUUUCAUUCCAGUAUAUUAUAUUGUAAGUAUUCUAUUACCUACCUAGAUUUGGGAAAACAUAUGAUAUCCAUCAUUUUGGGACUGGCUUAUUUAAGUUUAGUGUUUUCCAGUUGCAUCCAUUUUGUUGCAAAAGACAGGACUUUUUUUUUCUUACAGCUGACUAAUACUCCAGAAUGUAUAUAUACCAGAAUUUUUUUAUCCAGUCAUCAGUUGAUGGACAUCUGGUUUGAUUGCAUAUCUUAGCUAUUUUGAAGUGAGUGGCAGUGAUCAGUUAUCUACAGAUAACUCUUUUAGAUGCUGGUUUCUCUUAACUCGGGUAAAUCACCAGGAAUGGGGUGAUUGUAUUAUAUGCUAGGUUUAUUUUUCUAUCUUUAAAGUAUCUCCUUGUUGUCUUCCAUAGUGGCUGGACCACUUUGCAUUCCCAUCAACAAUGGAUUAGGAUAUGUUUUUACUCCACAUUCUCACCAGCAUUUGUUAUUCAUUGAUUUCUGUAUGUGAGCCAUUCUAAAUGGGUUGAUGUGAAAUUUCAUUAUAAUUUUGAUCUGCAUUUCCCUAAUGACUAGUGAUCCUGAGCAUUAUUUCAAGUGUCUGUUGGCCAUUUGUAAUUCUUCCCCUGAAAAAUUCCUGUUCAAGUCCUUUACCCAUUUCUUAACUGGGUUGUUUGUUUUGUUGUAAUUGAGUUUCUUGAGCUCUUUGUAGAUUCUUUAUAUCAAUCCUUGAGUAGUUUGCAAAUAUUUUAUCCCAUUCGGUUGGUUGCCUCUACACUUUGCUGAGUGUUUCUUUUACUAUGCAGAGGGUUCUCAGCUUGAUGUAAUCCCGUUUUUCAAUUUUGGCUUUGAUUGCCUGUGCUUCUGGGAUCUUUUCCAAGAAGUAUUUGCCUAUGCUAAUGUCUUGUAGGGUUUUCCCAAUUCUCUCUAAUAAUUUGAUGGUAUUAAGUGGAUUUUUGUGUAAGAUGUAAGGUAGAGGUCUUACUUCAGACUUCUAUUUGUGGAGAUCCUGUUGUCCUAACACAAUUUGUUGAAGAGAAUUUUCUUCCUUCAGAGAUUGAUUUUAGCUCUUUUGUCAAAGGUAAAUUGGUUGUAGGUGCAUGGAUUGAUUUCUGGUGUUUCUAUUCUAUUCUAUUGGUCUACCCAUCUGUUUCUGUACCAGUACCAGGCUGUUUUGAUUAUAAUUAACCUGUAGUAUGUCUUUUUUUACUUUUUGGAUUUUAGUUUAUUUAUUUGAAAGAGUUACAGAGAGAAGGAGAAGCAGAGAGAGAGAGACAGAAAGAGGUCUUCAUGGGAUGGUUCACUCCCCAAAUGGCUGCAAUGGCUGGAGCUGCACUGAUCCAAAGUCAGGAACCAAGAGCUUUCUCUGGGUCUCCCACUUGGGUGCAGGGGCCCAAGAACUUGGGCCAUCUUCUACUGCUUUCCCAGGCCAUAGCAGAGAGCUGGACAGGAAGUGGAGCAGCUGGGUCUCGAACUGGUCCAUAUGGGAUGCCGGCACUUCAGGCCAGGGCGUUAACCCACUGUGCCACAGUGCCAGCCCCUGUAGUCUAUCUUGAAAUCAGGUAUCGUGAUGCCUCUAGCAUUUUUUUGUUGUUGCUAGAUGAGAUUGCUUUAGUUAUUUAGAGUCUCUUUUGAUUCCAUAUGAAUUACAGUAUCAAUUCUUCUAGACCUUAGAAGAAUGCUCUGGUAUUUUUAUUGGUGUCCCAUUGAAUCAAUGAAUUUCUCAUGGGAAUACGGACAUUUUGAUGAUACUGAUUCUUUUAAUUCAUGAACAUGGAAGAUUUCUUUUCUGUUUUUUCUAUUUGUUUGACAAUUUGUAAUUUUCAUUGUAUAGAUCUUUGACAUCCUUGGUUAUAUUUAUUCCAAAAUAUUUAAUUUUUAAACUAUUUUGAAUGAGAAUUAUCUUAAAAGUUCUUUCUCAGCCAUCCCAUUGUCUGUGAGUAGAAAGACUGUUGAUUUUUAUGUGUUAAUUUUAUAUCCUGCUACUUUACCAAACUGUUUUAUGAGUUCCAGAAAUCUCAGUGGAGUCUUUUUAUCCUGUAUGUAUGGAAUCAUAUCACCUGCAAAUAGGGAUAGAUUCACUUCCUCCUUUCCAAUUUUCAUCCUUUUGAUUUCCUUUCCUUGCAUUGUGGUUCUGGAUAAAACUUUAAGGACUAUAUUGAAUAGCAGUUUUGUUCUGGAUCUUAGUGGGAAUGCUCCCAACUUUUCUUUAUUCAGUAAGAUGUUGUCCAUAGGUUUAUCAUAAAUUAUCUUGAUUGUGUUAAGAAAUGCUCUAUCUAUAUUCAGUUUGCUUAAGUUUUUUAUCAUGAAAGGGUGGUGUAUUUUAUCAAAUGCUUUCUCUAAUAAAUUGAAAUAAUCACAUGUUUUUUGUUCCUUAGUUUGUAAAGGGAUGAAUUACAUUUAUUAAUUUUUGAAUGUUGAGCCAUCUCUGCAUAGCAAUGAUAAAUGCCACUUGGUCCAGGUGAAUGAUCUUUCUGAUGCAUUGUUGGAGAUUCAAUUAGCUAGUGAUUUGUUUAGGAUAUCUGCAUCUGUGUUCAUCAGAGAUAUUUGUCUGUUAUUCUCUUUCUUUGUUGUAUCUUUUUCUGGUUCAGGAACUAAGGUGAUGCUAUCUUCAUAGAAGGAUUUUGGGAGCAUUCCCUCUUUUUUCUAUAUUUUACAUGGGCUAGAAGUGGGGGGCUGGUAGAAGUUGGAGGUAAAUUCCUUCAUAUAAGUUCUUCAAGUUUGUCUCCCAGGUUGUGGAUGAAAGCAGAGAAUGGAGUAAAUAAUAGAGUGUGAAACUGAAUUGGGUUUCAGUUUUUAAAAAAAAUUUAUUUUUUAAGGAAGAGAUAAAUUUUGAUUUUAUCUAUCAGAGAUUUAUGUCUUUGUUAUAUCACCCUCCCUUUCAGUUAUUUUGAAUAGCUUGUUAAAAAAUGGAAUUUGUUCUUUACAAGUCUGUUAGAAUUUAGCAGGGAAGCCAUGCAGUCCUGGGCUUUUCUUUAUUGGGAGGGUUUUUAUUACUAAUUCAAUAUAAUUUCUUAGUUACUUGUCUGUUUAGAUUUUCUAUGUCUUAAUGACUCAAUUUUGGUAGAUUGUGUACAGGAAUCUAUCCGUUUCUUCUGGAUUUUUCAAUUUAUUGGUAUACAGAAUUUUGUAGUAAUCCCUGAUGAUUCUUUUUAUUUCUGUGGUGUCUGUUGUUACAUUUCCUUUUUCAUCUCUGAUUUUAUUGAUUUGGGUCUUCUUCUUUUUUUUAUUGAUUAGUUGUACCUCAAUUUUAUUUUUUCAAAAAACCAGCUCUUCAUUCAACUGCUGUCUUAUGGUUAUUUUUUUGGUUUGUUUCAACUUUGUUUAUCCACUAAUUUUAAUGAUUUCUUUCCUCCUACUAAUUUACAGUUUGUUUUCUUUUUUUCUAGGUCCUUGAGAUGCACUGAUAGCUCAUUUGUUUGGAACCUUUCCAGUUUUUUCAGUACGCACCAAUUACUCUAAACUUCCCUCUUAACCCUGCUUUUGUUAUAUCCCAUAAGUUUUGGUAUGAUUUAUUGUCAUAUUCAUUUCCACAAUUCUUUUAUUUCUCUUUUGAUUUCUUCUAUGAUUCUCUGUUCAUUCAGGAGCAUGUUGUUCAAUCUCUAUGUGUUUUCAUAUGAUCUAGAGAUUCUUGAGUUGUUGAUUUCCAGCUUGAUUCCAUUGUGAUCAGAGAAGAUGAAUGGUUUGAUUUUGAUUUUUUUUUAAUUUGCUGAGAUGUGCUUUAUGGCCUAGCAUAUAGUCUAUUCUAGAAAACGUUCCAUGCACUGAUAAAAAGAAUGUGUAUUCUGCAACUGUGGGUUGAAAAAUUUUGUAGAUAGCAGUUAGAUCCACUUGGUCCAAAGUGUGAACUAGUUUUGUUCUUAUUGAUUUUCUGUCUAGUUGAUCUAGUCAUUGAUGAAGUGGGUUGUUAAAGUCCCUUGUUACUAUUGUAUUGGAGUCUAUGUCUCCCUUUGAAUGCAUUAACAUUUCUUUUAAAUAGCCAGAAUCCUAAGCAUUCUGUGCGUAUACAUUUAUUUAUAUUCAAAUCUUCCUGUUGAAUUGAUCUUUUAAUCAUUAUAGAGUGCCACUUUGUCUCUCUUAAUAAUUUUUGUUUAAAGUCUUUAUUCUUUGAUAUUAGAAUUGCUACACCUGCCCUUUUUUGCUUUCCAGUAGCAUGGAAUACCAUUUUUCUUUUUUCUUUUUUUUAAUUUAUUUUUAAGGUUUUUAUUUAAUGAAUACAAAUUUCAUAUGUACAGUUUUUAGAACAUAGUCUUUCUUCCCCCAUUCCCACCCUCCCAUCCCAUCUCCUACUCCCUCUUCCAUUCCAUUUUUUAUUAAGAUUUGUUUUUAAGUACAGAGGUCCAACAUGGGGAGUAAGUGCACAGUGACUCCUGGUGUUGAUUUAACAGUUAGCACUCUUAUUUUGAUGUCAGUGACCUCUUGAGGCUUUGACAUGAGCUGCCAAAGCUAUGGAAGCUUUUUGAGUCAACAAACUCUGUUGAUAUUUAGAUAGGGUUAUAUGCAAAGUGGAAGUUCUCUCCUUCCCUAAAAUGCUCUUGUAGGCAUUUCAGCCAGAUCCGAAUGGGCUGAUUCUGAGGUCAGAAUGCUAUUUAGGGCAUUCUGCUGUGUGGCCUGCUUCUCAUGUUGGACCAUUCUCUCUUUUUUAAUUCUAUCUAUUGUUAUUACCAGACACUUGGUCUUAUUUAUGUGAUCCCUUAGACAUUUAAUCCUAUCUGUAUGAUCAGUUACACACUUAAGAUGAUCACUUUAAAAUGGAAUACCUUUUUUCAUUCUUUCACUUUCAGUCUACUGUAUCUUUAUUGGCGAAAUGUGUUUCUUGUAGGCAGCAAAUAGAUGGGUCUUGUUUUUUAAUCCGUUCAGUCUGUAACUUUUAACUGGAGAGUUGAGGCCAUUUACAUUCAAAAUGAAUAUUGAUAAGUAAUGACUUUGCUCUGCCAUUUUUUCAUAAAUAUUCCCAUUAUUUGCUUUGGAUUUCUUUUGUAUUUUGCUGGAGGAUUUUCUGCUUUCAUAUUUUUUUUUUUUUUAGUUUAUUUAUUUAUUUGAAAGGCAGAGUUACAGAGAGGCAUAGGAAGAGGCCAGAGAGAGAGAGAGGUCUGGUUCAGAGAGAGAUAUGCUCAUUCACUCCCCCAAUGGCCACAACAGCCAGAGCUGGUCUGAUCUGAAGCCAGGAGCCUUGAGCUUCUUCCAGGUCUCCCAGGUGGGUGCAGGGGCCCAAGGACUUGGACCAUCUUCAGUUGCUUUCCCAGGCCCAUUAGCAGUGAGCUAGAUCAAAAGUGGAGCACCCAGGUAUUGAACUGGCACCCAUAUGUGAUGCCAGUGCUGCAGGUGGCAGCUUUACCUCAUGUGCCAUAAUGCUAGCCCCUCACAUUUUUUAUAAUGAAGGCUAUCUGUAGCACCUCAUUAAACAGCUUUUGUAAUGCUGGAUGAGUGGUGACAAAUUCUUCCCAUUUCUAUUAUGAAUGGUCUUUAUUUCAUUCAUAAAUGAGAGCUUUGCAGAGUACAAUAUUCUGGGUUGACAGUUUUUUCCUCUUAAUCCUUGGUCUAUGUCUUUAUGUUUUACUGUGGAAAGUUUCACUACAAUGUGUCAUUGUAAGGAUCUUUUCUGGUCAUAUCUUUUUUAAUUUAAUUUAAUUUAUUUGAGAGUUAUAGACAGUGAGAGAGAGAGACAGAAGGGUCUUCCUUCCAUUGGUUUCCCCCCCAAAAAUGGCCGCUAUGGCCAGACCUGUGCUGAUCCAAAGCCAGGAGGCAGGUGCUUCCUCCUGGUCUCCCGUGUGGGUGCAGGGGCUCAAGUACUUGGGCCAUCCUCCACUGCCCUCCCAGGCCACAGCAGAGAGCUGGACUGGAAGAGGAGCAACCGGGACUAGAACCCGGCACCCAUAUAGGAUGCGGCACUGCAGGCAGAGGGUUAACCAAGUGAGCAACGGCGCCAGCCCUCUAGUCCAUUCUCUCCUUCCAUGUCUUCAAGAACUCCUAGGACCUGUACAUUGGGUCCAUUGAUAUUAUCCUGUAAAUCUCCAAUGUUGUUUUUAAGUUUUCUAAUUUCUUCUUCUUCUCCUUCUCCUUCUCCUUCUCCUUCUCCUUCUUCUUCUUCCCCCUCCCCCUCCUCCUCCUCCUCUUCUUCUUCCUCCUCUUCCUCUUCUUCUUCCUCUUCUUCCUCUUCCUCCUCUUCUUCUUCCUCUUCUUCCUCCUCUUCUUCCUCCUCUUCUUCCUCCUCUUCUUCCUCUUCUUCUUCCUCUUCUUCUUCUUCCUUUUUUUUUUUUUUUUUGGUUCAAAUGGAAGAUUUCCAAAGAUCUGUCUUAAAACUCAGAUACUCUUUCUUCUGCCUUACCAAGUCUGUUGUCAAAACGUUCCAUUGCAUUUUUCAUUUGAUCUAUUUAAUUCUUUAUUUCUAAUAUUUUAUUUUUGUUUCUCUUUAAAAUCUCAAUCUCAUGGUGAUAAUUUUCAUUCAUGUAAUGUAUGGUUUUCUUUAUUUUGUGGAAUUGCUUUUGAUUGCUUUUGAGUAAUGCUAUGAUUAAUUUUUUGAAUUCCAUUUCCAGAAUUUUUUAAAUCUCUUCAUCUUUCAUUUUUACAUUGAAAUAUUUUGUUCCUUUGGGAUGGUCAUAAUGUGUUUCUUAUUCUUGUUUCUUGAAUUUCUGUGUUUAUUUUUAGGCAUUUGUGGAGUUAGUUGUUGGCUUUUUCCUCUGAUGACCUUUAUCUUUCAGCUAGGCCUCUGUGGCUUUCAGAAUAUAUGCACUUUCAGUGAAUACCAAGUGUUGUAUGCUGGAUGUAGUCAGGGAGCUCUGUUCAGUGCUCCAGCAUGUGGUGAGUAUCCAGUACAACAAAGUUGGUUAUGGUAGAUCUCCUCUUCUUAACAGAAGGGAACAAUUUUCACCUCAGUUGAUGUGAUCACCCCCUCACCUCUUCUUCCAAGCUGAACAAUGCCCACGUAUUAGCCCCCAAGUAGGUUCAACACUCAUCAGUAUUAGCAUUUGAACCACACAGAUGAUCUAUACAGCCCUCACUGUGAGCACAGUUCCCACUCCAGUGACCAGCCCCAGGCAACUAAGGAGCUCUGAGUAUGUGGAUCCACACCCAGUGGUUAACCCAGAGACACAGCUACACUCCACAUGCUUUCAUGUAACCAUGGAAUCCACAUGGUCUCAGCACAUGAGGCUCCCACAUUCACUGUGUGCAUAGUUUCUGCUAUAACUUGCCAGCCUGUCCAGUGAACAGAGAAGCAUAUUUCCAGACAGCUCCACUGAAGCAGCUUGAGCCCCAGAGCCUGUUUCAUAUCUUACUGGGGGUGCUUCACAGUUCUACAUGGGUGCCUUGCCACCUGUCAAUCCUUUCAGUCUGACUCAAAGUGGGGACUACAGCUAUUUCUUUCCAUUAGAAUCUCUGCAUCGUACACGUUCAUAAGAGCCACUGUCUACAUACUGCAUUCUCCCUGCCACUGCUGCCAGUACUACUGAGCAUAUGGCAUCCUGCUUCAUCCAGUUGCUGUGCAUGCACAAAGACUUUGGCAGCUGCCACCUAAACCCCAAAUGGCACCCACCCUUUCUCAGCCAGACAGCAGGUGCUGUUGUGGGGAGACAGGAUGAUAAACAUACCCCUUUAAUUUAUACUGGGUUUGUAAGUAGUUGCUGGUACCAACUAGCCCCUAGUUGGUCCAGCUCUAGCCUGGACUCACAGCAUGCUCUCCCUCCAGCCAUAUCACCACAGGUUGCUGCUGUCUGGUCUCACCUUUGUCUCCAAGCUGCCACCUUCUCUGGCUCUUGACUCCCGCAGUUGUGUGUUGUGUCCUUGUUUGCACUGCAUAUCCACAUCUUCUGCACAGGUCUACAGUAGUCCUCUUCCUUUUGUAGUUUCCAGUGUGGCUUUCUCUAACUCUCCACUGAGAUUGCAUUCCUCGCCUAGUGCAAUAUGUUCUUCCUUAAUCAACCAUUUUGGAAUUUCCUAAACCUCAUUUUCCACCAUCAAAGAUUUGUAUAUAAAGAUUUGUAUUCAUUUUAUUUUCAUUAGAGCAAAUGACUUGCCCAUGGUGUAUCUAAACUUAGAAUGAAUUUGAUAUCUUUUCUGAAGGAAAAAUAAAGGAUUUCUCUUAACACUUCAAAUAACUAAACUAGACAGUUCUAUUUACUUAUGAUUCUCAGUGAUUUGUUUACAUCUUCCUGGUUUAUACUAUCAUGACAGCUUUGCAUUUUAAGAAAAAUAUAUUUUUGUUCAAAAGUU